AUGGCGACCGAGGUACAGAAGGAUGUUCAGCCCGAACAACGCAAGAACAUACCCCAUGAUGCUCAGGCAAUUCAAAUUACUAUCACGGAAGCCACAGAAUUGUGCCAGAAUGCCCUCCAAAAGGCAGGCUAUCUCAGUGAACAAGCAGCAAUAAUCACAGAUCAUUUGGUCGACGCCGAGCUCCGGGGUCACCCAUUUGCUGGAUUAGCUCGAGCGUUGAGUAUUGUCGAAUUUCUCAAGAGUGCAGGCGUGAAAGCAGAUCAAGAGAUCGAAGUGACCCGCACAGGGCCAACGUACGCCCACCUCGAUGGCCAUGAUUCAGUUGGGUAUCUGGUGGCACACCAGGCCACUAAGCUCGCCAUUGAGAAAGCAAAGUGUGCCGGCGUAUCCGUGGUCGGGGCAAACGGACUAUGGUAUUCCGGGAAUCUCGCAUAUUAUGCUGAGAUGGCCACACGUGAAGAUUUAAUAGUCUUGAUUGCAUCGAACGGCACCCCUAUUGUCGCGCCUUAUGGAGGAUACGAGCCAAAAUUCUGCACCAACCCUUUCUGCAUUGGAUUUCCGACCAACGAGCCCGACAAACCUGUGAUCUGGGACAUUGGUACAAGCAACAUUAUGUACGCACAGGUGAAGCUGGCAGAGAGACUCGGGGCUCCUCUCCCAGAAGGAUCUGCGUAUGAUAGUGGCGGAAAGCCUACAACAGAUCCGCUCCAGGUGCUGAAUGGCGCAUUGACCGUUUGGGGCGGGUACAAGGGAAGCGGACUGGCUAUCAUGGUGCAGCUUUUAGGCAUCGCUGCAGGGAGCACUGAGCCCACCCCGUUCCUGUCGGACUUUGGUUUCCUGAUCAUGGCUUUCGACCCAAGUAUUCUGCAGUCACUGGAUAGAGUCAAGCAGGACGCGGAAAAAUUGUCCAAUUCGAUCAGGUCAACCAAGAUGCUACCCGGCGAAGGGCCAGCCAGGAUGCCGUUUGAGCGAAGCAGUGAAUUGCGGAGGAGAGCGAGAGCAAAGGGUUCCUUUGAGGUUUCAGGGAGAGUCGUCGAACAACUUCGCAGCCAAGGGUGGUAG